UAUUUAUUUUGUUUCACUUCUUGCAGUGAGGGAACCAGCAGAAGAUCCUCAGAGGAGGACCUCAGUGUCUGGGCUGAGCGAUGGGGGUGGGGACGCUCCUUCAGAUAUACUGGGCAGAGGCCAUAAAGGACUUUAAAGGGCUUUAAAUGACAAUCCACUCAUUUCCUGACCAUGGGCUGGGUUGGAGGGAGUUGAUGGAGCAGGGGUACACAAUCUGUGGCCCUCCAGAUGUUUUGGACUACAACUCCCAUCAGCCCCAGGCAACAUAGCCAGUGAUCAGGGAUGAUGGGAGAUGUAGUUCAACAACAUCCAGUUAUGAGUAGCAAAGAGUUCUUCCUUCCUCAUUGAAUACUGCACUUCUUUAAAAUACACACUAAUAACUCAUUUUUAUUUCUAAUAAUGCACUGUCAUUUUAUUAAACAUGAAGUAACUAGGCAAGGAAAUAGUGCUGUAUCCUUAUUCUACUGAAGUAUAAUAAUACACUUAGUGUUUCGUUUAAUUAAACCUAACAGCAGCCAGCACGAUGUUGUUGUUGGAGUAUUGGACAGGCAAGUGAAACUUUCUAGGUGACCUUAGACUUAACCAUCUCACAGCCUAACACUUGCAUCACAAGACUGUUGAGAGGAUAAAAGAGGGAGACUUUGCUAUGUACACUACAAUGAGCUUUUUGGCGCAAGGACAGGAUAAAAAUGUAAUAAAUACUGCUUUUAAAGGAAAUCAUAUGUAGGCCUCUUUUUUUAGGGUGACCUUUACAGGACAGCCCAUAGCUCAGUGGCAUAACAUUUGCUUUGCAUGCAGAAGGUCUCGGGUUCAAUCCCCAGCAUCUCCAGAUAGAGCUAGGAGAGACUUCUGUCUGAAAUCCUGGAGAGCUGAUGCCAGUAAGUACAGGCAGCACCAGGGGCAUAGGAAGAUAAGGGGGGACGGGCCGCCCCAAGCUGCGGGGUCCAAGGGGUGCUAUUGCGGGCGUCCGCCCAACCCCCAAUACGCGUGCCCUGCCCCCGGAACGCGUGUUAUGCCCCUCCGGGAGGCGCCACACCCCCGGAAUGUGCGUCACGCCCCUCCAGGAGGCGCGCCGUGUCCCCGGGAGGCGUGCCACAGCCCUCCGGGAGGCGCGCCCCACCUCCAGAAUGGGCGCCAGCCCCGCCCCCUCACACUGGGCAGCACUGUGUGAGAUGCAGCAAUGAUCUAACUUUUGUAUAUUCUUUUCUAGAGAUGACGGAUGGGGAACCUGUGGCCCUCCAGAUGUUGCUGUCCUACAAUUCCCACCACCCCAGGCUGUUGGCCAUGCUGGCUGGAGCCAAUGACAUCCAGUUACAUCUGGGGAGACAGGUUCCCCGUUCCCAUUCUAGACAAUAGCUUGCUGGCUACAAGAGUUUCAAUGUCCCAGUAAAUGACUAUCUGCAGCCCUCAAAUGGAUUUUGCUGUAUUGAUCUCAGCUGUAUUGGCUGUUUCAGAAGUAAUUCUGGCAGCCUGUGAACAGCAGCUGGGAUUGAGAGGCAGCUGCAGGAACAUCUGCUUCAUCAUCUCUAAGUGUGAUUAAGGGAAAUAUUUUUCAGUAGGAUCUGGAACCAACAUUUGAGCAUGGUUUCAAACAGCUAAAAACAGGUGCCCUGGUUAACAUUAAGGCUAACACUGUUGUUUUGCUUUACAGUGUGCAUGAUUUGGGAGGUGUUCCUAAAAGACAUGGAAGGAGGGAGACUUUAUUCUAUGGGGAAAGAGAAAUGGAUAGCUGUAUGCACAAGUCUAACCUCUAGAGAGGCUUUAAUUUUGCAGUCACAGAAAAUACCAUGUUCAGAUAAACGCAGUAUCUCCUGGUUCCAACACAUUGCAGGAGCAGGAGGAUUUGAACAUGCUCUUGACCCCUCCUUUCCAAGGGGCCAAUAAUGGCUAAAUAAUGGCCUUCAGGAAAAGGUUUGUAGCUUAGGGGUAGAGCAGCUGCUUUGCAUGCAGAAGGUUUCAGACUAUCCUGAGCAAAUUCCAGGGGAGCAACAGUGGGAGAUGUUAUUGCCUUCAUGCCCUUCUUAUCCCAUGUUUGAGACCUUGGAGAGCUGCUGGCAAUCAGUGCUGACAAUACUGAACUAGAUGUGCCAGUAGUCUGGCUGUAUGUCUUCGUAUGCAUGCGUCCUUCUAUGUUGGUGAAUUUGAAUGGUUAAAGGUGACCUAAAUGAAAUGCAAAGUUUCUUACUCUGCAUUAUCAUAUCUCUAGAGAACAACACCCAAACCUGUUCUUGGUAGCAGGUUUAUUUACACAAUUCAAGGAAACAUGUUGACUUGCUUUACUAUUAAUCAUGAGGCUGACUAGCAUGCAGAUACUUUUCUUCUAUCUUGAUGGAGCAUGUAGUAACAUCAGAGUUGCACAGUUUUCUGAGAGGGGUUUCUGUUAAUCAAUAUGAGGCAAUACUGACAGAUGGAUAGAUUCCUUGUUCAGGAGCAUUUGGUAGUAGAAUCAGCAUGAUAAUCUGGGAACUUCUUUCUCUCGAUGGUCUCAUCAAGCCCUGUGCAAGCAGGAAAAGUCAAAGGUGUCCAGCUUUCUCAGAAUUGGGAAACCAUCUUGUAAAUGCAAAUCCAGCUCUUCUGUGUGACUUUGUAAUUUUAAUUUAAGGGUUGUAUCCAAUUCUAGUUUUACUUGGGAGUUGAUUUACUGAAGUUAAUGAAUAUGAUUAAUUUCAGAGGGUUCAUUCUGAGUAGAACUUAGUUGAAUACAACGCUAAGUUUAUUUUUAUUUAUUGAAAGUGAUAAUAAUUUGCUCUUCCAAAUUAUCCAAGGUAGUAUUUGCUUUGAAAUACUACAGCAAAGCAAAUGUUAAAACAGUUAUGAAGCAGUGUUCUCUUUGGGGUCACAUGGCCUGGAUUGUUUCUCUUCCACGUUUCCUUGGAGCACUUAGGUCUUUAAAUUGGGAGGGGGGUUGCUGUUUUGACAGUGGGGUGGAAGGAGCAUUCCCUAUUAUACAUAUUGAGCUGUUUGCCCAUCUUUUGUUUUGAGAUGCUGCCUGCCUGGCCUCAAAAACUUCAUAGCCAACAAGAUUUGGGUGCUUAUCAGUCAUUUUUAAUUGUCUUCUUUCAAAGUUUCCCUCUUUGACCCUUGGCCAAGUUAUUCAAGUUCCCAGAUUCUGCAUUUCCACUUCUGGGAAAUCAGGCUGUUGACUUCUGACGUAAGUAGAGGCCAACAUUAAAUGAUGGCACUAAUUUGGUACAGCUUGUCAUGUUUCUGUUUCUGUUACGUUUUCAGUCUGUUUGAGCAUUCUUUAAGGAUGAAUGUUGCAGAGGAAGUUUCUUAAUUUCAGGAAUUGAAGAGGACAGUGCGACAGAAUUAAGGGGAAUUUUUUUUUGCUUGUCUAGCUAUUUUUAGUAUUUUGAAACAAGUGCAUGUAAACAUUGCAAGUUUGCUUCAAAUUUGCAAAGUGGCUGUGGAGCUCAGACAUUUUAAACCCCAAGUUCAUUGUGUAACAGUGCAAAACUAAGGUUGAAUUGAAGGGCACCAUCUGCAUUUCAGCUUUUAGCUGCUAUUGAAUCUUUUAGUACAGGGUUUUGGGGCUUGCCUAUCGGAAGGUUGGUGGUUCGAAUCCCCCAACGGGGUGAGGUCCCGUUGCUCGGUCCCAGCUCCUGCCAACCUAGCAGUUCAAAAGCACAUAGUGCAAGUAGAUAAAUAGGUACCGCUCUGGCAGGAAGGUAAACAGCGUUUCCGUGCACUGCUCUGGUUUCACCAGAAGUGGCUUAGUCAUGCUGGCCACAUGACCCGGAAAAACUGUCUGUGGAAGCAGACAAUCGCCGAUUCCCUCGGCCUGUAAAGCGAGAUGAGUGCCGCAAUCGUAUUUUCAAUGCAUUUCAUUGGAGAUACUGUACUGUAUUUGACAGCUCUAAAAUGUUCAGUUGGUUGUCAAGUAGAUCAGCUGUUACUGCAGUAAAGGGUAGCUGAUGGUCUGUUGAGGAAGGAAGGUUGAGGUGUGGAGUCUAUUGCUAUGUGAUUUGGAGCCCUAAAUUCUGUACUAGAACACCCCAGCUGCUGUAACAACAAAACCAAAAUGUAUUCAGUAAAUUGAAUAAAUUUAGACAGCUAUCUUAAUUUAACAUUCAAAGGGCUGGCAUUGUUUUCUGAUUUCUAAUCAUUAGGGUGAAAAAACUUCACCAAGCCUUUUAAAAAAAAAUACCUCAAUUUUUACAGGGCUUGGUAAAGUAAAUAUAUCCAGUUCAAACAGGUAUACUUCUAUCCAGACAAUUUCUCCAUAUCUUUCAUAUAAUCUGAGGAAUGAAGGAAGCCUUGGAGAAUUCUUUGCCCUAACUUCAUCGACUCCAUCCUAAAAGUAGGCUGCACCAAUUCAUUGGGACUAUGACCUGGAUCAGGCAUCCCCAAACUUUGGCCCUCCAGAUGUUUUGGACUACAGUUCCCAUCUUCCCUGGCCACUGGUCCUGUUAGCUAGGGAUCAUGGGAGUUGUAGGCCAAAACAUCUGGAGGGCCGCAGUUUGGGGAUGCCUGACCUGGGUGGUGGUCAUCAAUACCUUUGUAGUUUUGAGUCUUGACAGAUGAAAUGCACUGUAGCUUGUGGCAUGUAGGUACUCCUUUGAUGAUUGCUUAGAAAAGGCAGCUUCAUCCUGAUGACUGAAUCUAAAUUACUCUAAAAUUCUGUGAAGCACCAUUUUUUAUUUCCUGGGUGCCCUGUGCAAAGUUCUGGGAUUCUAGGCUCCUGGGGCACCUUGGCAUGUUGAAAGUAUCAUCUUGUCCACAGCUAGCAUUGAGACAGAUACCGCUUUCCGACCCCAGAGGUCUUUGCAAGAAGUUGUAUCACUUGACUCCAUCGCCAUGGGGAGGUGCGGCAAAGCCCUUUGCCGCUGCAGGGAUGCCCGGCGAGGCCCUUUGCCGCCAGGGAUACCGUAGUUGCGGCAAGGUCCUCCUUCACUGUGGGGAUGCCUAGCAAGGCCCUUCUCUGCUGUGGGGAUGCCCAGCGAGGCCUUCUGCCGCUUUGGAUAUAUUUUGUGAUACAUUGAGAUACUGUGAUGUUUAGCUGGUGAUACAUCACAAUGUUGAAAACCAGAUGUCACCCAGCCCUAAUCUUAUACACUUGUUUCCCUUGCUUUUACUACAGUUUUUAGACUGACUUAGAGCUGACUGUUCCUGGGGGGGGGGGGAUAGACUGCAGUGAACUACUGUAUCAUCCCCUGCAUUCCCAUGAAUGCCUGAAUAAUUAUUUUCAAUAGGAGAAAUGGUCCAGUGGCUGUUUGCUCUCAUGGGCAACAGUUUGCAAGAUGUGUGUUCCUGUUGCAGUGGUGACCGCUUCAUUUGCACAAUGUGUCACUUUUCCUCCAAUUGUGUUUUUCCUUUUUAAAAGUGUCGAGGCCAUUUGAUAGAUUGACUUGACCUCUUUCCUCCUUCCCAUCCCCCUCCUCCUGGAAAGGUCCUGGAACUUGGGUACCAGCACAACUGAAAAUUAAGGAGUCAGAUCACACUUUGUAAAAUGUGUAACUUUUUCUGAUUGCAAAUUUGUGGUACUGCUUAAUUGUUGGUGGUCUAAAUGAAACAGCAGUUUUAUGCUUUCACCUAACUGCCCAAAUGCAAUAGGUCUCCUCAGAGUGAGGAGAACCUGCAUGCUCAGAAGUGUUCAAAGGGCCAAUUGAAGCUCCCCAAGCCUUUUCAGAUGGGUGGAUGUUCAGAUGUACCAAGAUGCACUCCCCCUUGCCACUUGUUUUUGUACUGGGUAUAUAAAUUGCCCCCAAGUUUCAGCAAAAGCCUUUCUGGUGUUCAAGUGCUUGGUAGGGCUGUGCAAUAAAUCACCAUAUUGUUGAAUAUCGGUAUUGAAAUAACAUUGCGAUAAGUGUUUCAACAAGGUAAUAUUGACAGGUAGGUAGCUGUGUUCAGAAACAGACUGGAAAGAGAAGUUGCUGAAUUGCAACUCAUUACCAAGCUUAAAACCACGGAGAGACCUGGUAUGAACAGAGACAUAGGAUUCUUAUCUCAUUAUACAUGAUCAAGCUUUCUUUAGCACCUCAGCCCUUGCUUUUUCCUGCAAGACCAAUUGCAGUCGUUAACAGUCGUUAACAGUCAUCAACAGGUUUACCACUCCUAUCAGCCCAUCACCCAUUCCCAUCACCCCCCCCCCACACCCUCUGACUAUACAUAAGGGUCUGGUGACUUCUGUUUUAGUGUAUCUAAAGAAGUGUGCAUGCACACGAAAGCUCAUACCUAUGACAAACUUAGUUGGUCUCUAAGGUGCUACUGGAAGGAUUAAUUUUUUUUUGACAAGGUAAUAUACCAGUGAACAAAGGGUGGAGACGUGACAGCUUCCCAGGGGGUAGCUCAGCUAAAUGAUACUUUGCAGAUACUUUGCAGGUGCACCCUCCAUCACUGUCAGGAGGUACGGCGGGACCCUCUGCCACCACGGGAAGGCAUGGUAAGGCCCUCUGCUGCUGUGGGAGACCGGGGUGCACCCUCUGCUGCUGCAGGGAGGUAUGGUGGGACCCUCUGCUGUCACGAGAAGGCCCAGCAAGGCCCUCUGCUACCACCGAUAUAUAUCGUGAUACUGUGAUAUUUAGCUGAUGAUAUAUCGUGAUGUUGAAAACCAGAGAUUGCCCAGCCCUAGUGCCUGGCAUUAAUCGGAUAUAUAGAGAAAGAGCAAUACAAUCCCUUUAAAUCUGCUUCCACUGAGGCUUUGGGUUUCUCUCAGCUGUUGUUCCCUUCUUUUGAGUCCCUUUCUCCCCCUCCCUCUCCUUGCUAGCGUUUCUUUUUGUACUGCAUUGCAUUGGUGCAAGAGCAAGUCUCCUGAAGGUAACUAAACAGUUGCUUUUGCAGGCAGGUGUGUGUGUAUAGAUGUGCAGACGUGUACAUUAGUACGUGUUCAUUCCAGAACACAUGAACGGAAAUGUGUACACAGAAGGUAGAACAUGAGAGUCAAGCUUGAAGGAGGGUGCACAUAGGCCUUCAACCCUGAAACUCUCGUUGCCUAUAGACUUGCCCAAACUGGGCUGCUUUCAGAAAAAAAAGAACACUUUUCUAUCCAUAUUGAAUUAUGUUGGUCAGGUAUAGGGAGCAAUAACAUUUCUCUACCUGAGGUGGUCUUAGCUAUUAAUACAGGGGUAAAUGGUAAAUAAAAUUGAAGCAUGAUUGACAACUUGCACAUGAGGCAUUGACUCUGGGGUGGGGGUUGGGGAAUAAUGCAGGGCGCACUGAAGGGCACCAUAUUGUGAAACAUAAGGUGUGAGAAUCCUGAGCACAUUGAAGCUGCCUACAUGUAUUGUACCACAUGGCUCAGGUUCUUAGGCAAAUGGGCACAAGGGGGAGAGAGAGUUCUUUUUAUUAUCUUGAAAGUGCCACAAGCUCUUUAAUGUAUUUUUCUGAUUUAUGGUGCACAAAAGGAGCUACCAAAAUGAUCAGUGUGUUAGGACAUAAUAGAGACUUAUAAAAUACAUGGAGAAGGUGUACAGCAGGAAGUAUUUCUCCCUUACUUCUAAUACUAGAACUUGGGGACAUCCGGUGGAAUUGACUGGCCAGUGGAUUCAAGAUGGACACAUGAAACUUGCUGCCAUAAUAUGCAGCAAUGGCCAGUGGAUUUAGAUGACACAAACCCAUUCUAAAAAUGGGACUUGCUGCACUGUGAUCUCUGCAAGUUCUUGGCUUGCUAGGUAGCCCUACAUAUUCAAUUCUGUUCUCAGAGGUUCAGUUGUGCUGGUCUCAACAGGAAGGUAUGCAAAAUGGUGAAGCACCAUUCCCUUGCUUUACUGUACUCUGGGGUUUUGAUAGCCCCUCUCAAUUUAUAUGGCUUUUAUUAGACUCAUCUUUGCAACUAAGAGGACUAGAAACCUCUGUGUGUCAUUUAAAUUGAUUCAGAUUAUUGGAUAACUGAGUGUUUACAAUGUGAUUGCUGAUGAAACUGGCUGAGCCAAACUGUGGCUUAGUAUGAACGCGUGCAAGUUUCCAAAGAGGAGACUGUGGCUACUUCGUUCCUUCUGUGCUGCUGCUGUGAUCCAUGCCUUGAUUUGGCUUGGCAUGUUGUGCAAACUUAAGCUUUGAUUUGCCUUGUCUUGCUUCACUCAAACAAUGAGCCCAGGUUUGAUUGAUAUAAUGUUAGAAACUGGGAUAGGAAUGGCUAGGAGCCAUGUGGCUCCUGGGACCUAGGUUGUGGGUGCCAAAACAAAAUGCCCAGGUGCCUUUCCUUUUCUUUUUUGCUACCCACUACGAGACCAGGCAGCCCCACAGCUAAAAUAAAAUGAAAUGAAAUGCUGUGGGCCAAUCAGGUUGUCUCCAUAUGAAACAGGUGACGAGGUGAUUAUGGGCUGCAUUUCAACACUGAAAUUACAUCCCAACAAAAUAGAGGUGCUGUGGGUUGGAGGCCCCGGAUCCAGGAAUUAAGUGGUUGGACUGUUUUGAAUGGGGUCACACUCCCCUUGAAAGAGCAGGUGAUAGAUAGCUUGCAUGUGUCCCUUGACCUAGCAUUGCUGCUGGAAGCCCAAGUAGUGCUGGUGGUGAGGAGUUCCUGUGGAACUCCUGUAGCCUUGCCACAGUCUGGGCUACUCUUGUUCUAGUUACAACUAGAAUAUAUAUAUAUGUGCAGUUUUGCAAACUGCUGUUCAAUAUAAUUGAGAUCAAGAGUUCAAUAGUUCAACUAUGGAGUAAAUCUACUAGAUAAGACUGUGUACAUGAAGGACUCCAAUUGAUGAGAUGCUCAUGUAUGGGCAAUGUAAGAAAGUUAAAGGCUUUUGGGAAAUGAUAUAUAAUGAAAUGAAAAAGAUGUUGAAAUAUACAUUUGUAAAAAAAAUAAAUCCCGAAUCAUUCUUGUUAGGCAUUGUAGGUGAAUAUAUUAAUAGACAGGAUAACAAACUGUUUAUGUACGCGAUGACAGCAGCUAGAGUAUUGAUGGCACAGAAAUGGAAGCAAGAAGAUUUACCGACGAAAGAAGAGUGGCAGAGGAAAUUAAUGGACUAGGCAGAACUGGAUAAGAUGACAGGAAAAAUUUGAAACCGACUGGACCAGAGGUUCUUACAAGAUUGGAAAAAAGAUACGGUAGUAGGACUACAAGAAGUUCUGUAAGGAGGAUUAUAGGGCAUGUUUGUGUGUGUCCUGCCUUUUCUCCGAAACCGCUGGACCAAUUGCGUUCAAAUUUGGACACAACAUUCCAGUCCAAUAUGCAAGUUUUUGCAUAAACUCAUAGAGUAUAGAUAUGUCAUACCUGAGACAGGUAAAAACGUGAUUUUCUGUAAAAAUAAUAAUAAUAGCGCCCUCCAGGGGAUGGCAAACCAACAAAUGCCAUAUCCUUUUACAGACACCACACACACCCCACCCCCUCCUCCUCCUACCUCGCAACCACCCACCCCCAACUCCUCCUCCUCCUCCUCCUCCUUUCCACGCCGGGCCUCUCAGUCCCCCUGGACGCCACUACCGACCCGAGACUCAGGGGGUCUGCAUUUUUUUUCAAGUUCUUUGUGACUGUACAAAUAUACCUUGUGCGGAUAUUAUUUUGAGUCAUAAUACCAAUUGCAUUGGGACAUUCAGUGCAGAGUGUUUACAUUAUUUGAUCUGAACAUUAUAAACCAUUGAGCUUUAAAAUCUCAAUUUUCACAGCAAAAACGGUGAUUUUAUUAUACUGUAAUAGGGUGGUUAUACUGUUGCAGCAACAACAUAGUGAUUCUCUUCCCUGCUCCCCUCAACCCUCAUCCUCCCAGAGAUGAGUACAGUAUUGUAAUUCAGCUGGAGUGCUGGGAACUGCUGUGAUCUUUCUCCUAGUCCACUGUUCUUUUGUUGUACACUGAAGGGUAAAUAAUUACCUUACUGAGGCAUACAUGUGAAUGUGCUUUUCCAUUCGAGACUCACAAAUGGUAGGUUGGUUUGCCUUAAAAACCUUGCUAUUUGGGUUACUUGCCUACCCCCUGAGGCAGGCAGGCAAGCUUCUGUCCUAAUUUUAUAAUUGCAGAAUUGUGAUGGGGUUUGAAGAGCUGGAUUCAAUGCAUUUUUAUUCCAGGUUUAUAAAAUAAAUACCUUGCAAAGUUUACUGUUUGAAUAUUUUUGCUGCUGAAGAGUUCUAAUUUAUCUUUGUGAUAACUAGGCUUUUAAUCUAUAUUUAAAAAGAGCCCACCAGAUCGUAGUAGUAACCAUGUCUGGCCCACAGUCUUUUCUUCUUCUUUUAGCCCCUGGUGACUGUACUAAAUUUUAGGGAGAGUAUAGAGAAAACAAGUUUGGUCAUCACUUCACUUGUAAGAAGAAAUUAAUGGUCUUCAAAUUGCUUGUGUUUUAUUUUUAUUUAACAAAAUACAUAUACCACUUGAUUGUAAUAAUAUCUCUAAGCAGUUUUACAAGGAAUAUUAUCAGUGAAUAACUGAAAACAAGUAAUUAAAGUGUUUUAAAGACAAUUAAACAUAGCAGGCUAAAAAGGGAUUAAAACUUGUAUAUUGAACUCUGCAAUUUAAUACCAUGUCUCAUUCCUUUUGUAUUCAAUACUUCAGCUAUAGCUAUGGAUAUCUGCUCUAGUUACAGGUAGGUAGCCAUGUUGGUCUGACGUAGUCGAAACAAAAAAUAAAAAAUUCCUUCCAGCAGCACCUUAGAGACCAACUAAGUUUGUCAUUGGUAUGAGCUUUCGUGUGCUGCUGGAAGGAAUUUUUUUAUUUUUUGUUUCGAUAUCUGCUCUGUAACUCUAGCAAUGAAACCCUUUUGGUUAGGUGGAUCCGUAUUCAGUACAGGCAACUCCCCAUUUGCGUGGGGGUUGUGUUCUGGGUUAUUGCAUAGUUGCAUGAAAUUGCAUGUAAUUGAACAUUAGUUGGAAAAGCCUGCAAACACCCUGUUCUGCCCCAGCUCUGAUCUUUUGGCAACGUUUCAGUGACAUCUUUAUGACAUUUUUUGGUCACUUCUGGGUUUGCUGCUGUGCACAGUUGUGCACAUAUCAAAUGCUCAGAAACUGGGAGUUGCUUGUACAGAAGCUGAAGCAAGUAAUGCUGAGAAACUUAAACUGUUUCUGGAUUCCAACCGAUUUUACAGUGAAAUUCACAUUUCAUUUCCUUAGCUUAUUUAUUUUCAAUUCUGUCACCUUGGAUCAAGAUAAGGUGUUCCUAUCUCACUGCAGAUGUUAAAUAACUUACCAAUGCCUGGAAAUUUGUGUUAUAAUCAACACAAUUAGCACUGUCUUCUUCUUCUUUUGCAUUUCUUUCCCCCUCUCUGACUUUCCUGUGUGUACACACACACACAACAACAACAACAACUUGGGAUAACAUUUGAAAUAGCUGAUGAAGUGGUUUCUGGACCAUGAAAGUGUGUGUGUGUGUGUGUGUGUGUGUGUGUAUAACCUUAAAACACACACAAGUAAGUAUAUAUCCAACUGAUAUCACUGGCUGCUGACAUUCAGCAGCCUACAUUCCUUGAGGAGUUUGCAAUCUCACCAUGAAAUCAUCUUCCCAUUGCCUUUCUCUGAGCCUGCAGAGUAACAGGGCAGUCUUGGUAUUGUAAGAAACUGGGCUGGAGGAGCAGAGAUGGCCUUGAGAGGUAUGCAGGAAAUUUGAAUCCCCCCCCCCCCGGGAAACAGAGUGUAAAAACUGCUCUUUUUAAAACCUCUCUGUUUGAUUCUGCUGUAUAACAAAUAGCAUUUCAUUGAAACUCAAAAACCUCAUCAGGAGGGCUUUAAACUGACUUAUAUGGGGGAGGGAGACAGUGGUCCUGAAGGUAGGAGUCUAUCAAGUUCUGAAGAUGUUCAUCCAAAUGUCAAGGACCAAAUGGAGCAAAAAGCACGCAGACCUAGUGGUGGAAGGAAAAUAUCCUUAAAUAAGAGGCAUGGGGGAAUGAUAAAUGGUCUUCAAUGUCUGUAUACUAAUGCACAGAGCAUGGGAAAUAAACAAGAUGAACUUGAGCUCUUGGUACAGCAAACUAAAUAUGACAUAAUAGGCAUUACUGAAACCUGGUGGGAUGAGUCUCAUGAUUGGAAUGUACAAAUAGAGGGAUACAAUCUAUUUCAGAGAAAUAGACCAAAUAGGAAAGGAGGAGGAGGAGUGUUAUAUGUCAGGGAUGUGUAUACCUGUGAAGAGAUCCAGGAUUUAAAACUCCAAAGCCAUAUUGAGAGUAUCUGGGUCAAAAUUAAGGGAGAGAAAAAUAACAGUGAUCUCAUUGUGGGAGUUUACUAUAGACCCCCAAGCCAAACUGAGGACACAGAUGAAGCCUUCCUGGAACAGAUGACCAGGCAUUCAAAAGGAGGUGAGAUAGUAGUAAUGGGGGAUUUCAACUAUCCUGAUAUUUGUUGGAUGUCAAACUCAGCCAAGAGCAUAAGGUUGAACAGAUUCCUCACUGGCCUUGCAGACAAUUUCAUUGUCCAGAAAGUGGGAGAAGCAACAAGAGGAUCAGCCAUUUUAGAUCUGGUCCUAACCAAUAGUGAUGACCUGGUUAGUGGGGUAGAUGUGGCAGGAUCAUUAGGUGGGAGUGAUCAUGCUCUUCUGGAGUUUAUUGUUCAGCGGAAAGGAGCAACCAAGCAUACUAAGACUCAAAUCCUAGACUUUAAGAAAGCCGACUUCAGAAAACUUAGGGAAACGCUGGGUGAGAUCCCAUGGACAGAAAUACUAAAAGGGAAGGGAGUUCACGAUGGUUGGGAGUUUGUUAAAAGAGAGAUAUUAAAAGCACAACUUCAGGCAAUACCAAUGAGACAGAAACAUGGAAGGUGCCUAAAGAAGCCAGGGUGGUUAUCUAGAGAACUUUUAACUGAGUUAAGAUUUAAAAGGGAUAUGUACAAAAAAUGGAAAAGGGGGGAAAUCACCAGAGAGGAAUUCAAACAUAUAGCCAGCACAUGUAGAGACAAAGUCAGAAAAGCUAAAGCACAGAAUGAACUCAGGCUCGCCAGAGAGGUUAAAAGCAACAAAAAGGGCUUUUAUGGGUAUGUCCGUAGCAAAAGGAAGAACAAGGAAACAGUGGAGUCACUUAGAGGGGAAGAUGGUGAAAUGCAAACAGGGGACAGAGAAAGGGCAGAACUCCUCAAUGCCUUCUUUGCCUCAGUCUUCUCCAAAAAAGAAAACAAUGCCUGACCUGAAGAAUAUGGAGCAGAUGAUUCAGCAGGGGAAACACAGCCCAGAACAAGUAAGGAGGUAGUACAAGAAUACUUGGCUAGUUUAGAUGUAUUCAAGUCUCCAGGGCCAGAUGAACUACAUCCAAGAGUAUUAAAAGAACUGGCAGAGGUGAUUUCAGAACCACUGGCAAUAAUUUUUGAUAAUUCCUGGAGAACAGGCGAAGUUCCAGCAGACUGGAGGAGGGCAAAUGUUGUCCCUAUUUUCAAAAAGGGGAAAAGAGAGGACCCAAACAAUUACCGCCCAGUAAGCCUGACAUCAAUACCAGGAAAGAUUCUAGAGCCAGAUCAUCAAGCAAACAGUCUGUGAGCACCUAGAAAGAAACUCUGCGAUCACUAAAAGUCAGCAUGGGUUUCUGAAAAAUAAGUCAUGUCAGACUAAUCUGAUCUCAUUUUUUGACAAAAUUACAAGCCUGUUAGAUGAAGGGAACGCUGUGGAUGUAGCCUAUCUUGAUUUCAGCAAGGCCUUUGACAAGGUGCCCCAUGAUAUUCUUGUAAAGAAGCUGGUAAAAUGCGGGCUAGACAAUGCUACCAUUCAGUGGAUUUGUAACUGGCUGACUGACCGAACCCAAAGGGUGCUCAUCAAUGGCUCCUCCUCAUCCUGGAGAGUAGUGACUAGUGGGGUGCCACAGGGUUCUGUCUUGGGCCCAGUCUUAUUCAACAUCUUUAUCAAUGGCUUGGAUGAUGGGCUUGAGGGCAUCCUGAGCAAGUUUGCAGAUGACACCAAAUUGGGAGCGGUGGCUAAUACCCCAGAGGACAGGAUCACACUUCAAAAUGACCUUAACAGAUUAGACAACUGGGCCAAAGCAAACAAGAUGAAUUUUAACAAGGAGAAAUGUAAGGUACUACACUUGGGCAAAAAAAAAAAUGAAAGGCACAAAUACAGAAUGGGAGACACCUGGCUUGAGAGCAGUACAUGUGAAAAGGAUCUAGGAGUCUUGGUAGACCGCAGACUUGACAUGAGUCAGCAGUGUGAUGCAGAAGCUUAAAAAGCCAAUGCAAUUCUGGGCUGCAUCAAUAGGAGUAUAGCAUCUAGAUCAAGGGAAGUAAUAGUACCACUGUAUUCUGCUCUGGUCAGACCUCACCUGGAGUACUGUGUCCAGCUCUGGGCACCACAGUUCAAGAAGGAUACUGACAAGCUGGAACGUGUCCAGAAGAGGGCAACCAAAAUGGUCAAAGGCCUGGAAACGAUGCCUUAUGAGGAACGGCUUAGGGAGCUGGGUAUGUUUAGC